GCCUGUCAACAUCCAAGAUGGCGGACGCGGACAGUCAGAGAUGUGUGAGCGCGUUAUUAAACGGGAUCACGCAGAGGUUUUAUCACGGCAACUCAGAUAUCACGGAGGAAUUACUUAAAAAUGAGCUUUAUCCAGAUAUGAGCCACGAGGAGUUUCAUGCUUUACACGAGAAGAUGAGAGCCGCUUUAAAGUCCAUCGCGUCUGCAGAUAUGGACCAGGCCCAGCUGGAAGCGUUUCUCACAGCGCAGACACGCAAGCAGGGCGGUUUGAGUCCGGAGCAGGCGGCCGCUUUGUCCCGGUUCUGGAAGGCCCACCGCACACGCGUGCGAGAGAGUCUGCUGGCUCAGAGCCGCUGGGAGCCCGGCCUGAGGGGUCUGAAGUGGAGGGUCGACCUUCACACUUCCUCCAGCAGGGGGCAGCUGUCCAAUAGCCCCGUGGCACUGGUGGAGUUAGAGCUGGGUCGGACUGGUGAGAACUCUGAGUUUGUUUGUUUGGAGUUUGAUGAGCAGAAGGUCAGUCUGGUCCUGAAGAAGAUGGCCGAACUUCAGGAGAGCAUCAAUAGCAUUGUGCACCACAGCUAGAGCUGUGUGUGUGCACGUGUGUGUAUAUGUGUGAAUGUUUGUUAUAAAAACUGUAUUGUCAUAAACGUUAUAAUCAUCACAAAUAAUGAAAUCUUUAUUAUCAAAGAUUUGUCAUUAUACGUUAUACUAACACAACAAUAAUGUCAUUAGGUUAAUUUUUAAAGCAUUGAUUUUUGCUCCCACUGGACUUUAAUUUCACAGAUGGGUUGUAAUAGUGAUGUAAUAAACCACACACAGCGUCAUGAAUAAUACACUUUAAUGGGCUUGUCCAGAGUCUUCAUGUUUCACAAACACUUCUUGUAUCCAAGCAGACCUAAAAAACCAUCCUUAUGUCAUCAUUUAAAUGUGACUUCUCUGUAAAUAUUUCCAGUUGUACUAUAUUUCUCUAUUAAAAUGUCUAAAAUACA